CUGCGUAGAAAUCAGGUACGACCAGGAUUGGUCCCUUAGAAUCGGGACUCAUCGUUGCGGUGUCAGUGUUUUAUGCAAUUAUUUCGGUGUUGGGUAUUCUAUUUAAGCGGGUACCAUUAUAAGAUCGAAAUACGAAAAGAUGAAUCACGCAAUCAGAUCAGCUGGAGCUGCUCUGCCUUAUAAUGCAAGCAGAAAAGCGACUGGAAAUUCUGCAAUCGGAGUGUUGAGGAGGGUCACAACUAUGGCUAGCAGCCAAUCUGACAGCAAGAACCCAAAUGAGAAAAAUGGGGACACGAUGUCUCAUUCGUUCGGGGAAGGUUACGCCACCAGAUCGGAUGAGGAAGGACUUGGUGGGGUAUAUGGAGAGAAGCAGUCUCUUCCAAAGACUGAGCAGAACGAGACUAUCCAUGAAAAUCACCCUGCUUAUGACAAGACGCAGGGGAGCGAAGUGAAGGAGAAGGAAACGGCACGACACCAGACCAGCCCAAAAUCGUAGAUUGGAAAAUAUAGUACUCUUUCGAUAACUGCUAUAAAAAAAAUUAUAUAUAUAUAUAUAUAUUAAAUCUAUCAACUUAGGCGGUUUCAUGAGAUAUAUUAUAUUUUAUAAUAAAAAUAACUUAUGUAUAUAGUUUGAUUUUGUAUAAUCCUUUUGUGAUUAUUGUAUUUCCUACUCUUUAUGUUUCAUGCAAUGGAGCUGUUAGAGCUUAUGUUUCUUCCGAAAACCUCUAUGUAUUUUAAUGUUCUUGGGAAUA